AUGGUGCAGUUGCUCAUUAUACUAGGCGUACUACUCGGUAGUGGGUGGACGCUUCCACAGGAAGAAAUCGUUAUCAUUGGGCUCGCAAUGGAGGCGAAUGGCGUGAGUAAGCCAUCGUUGCGAGAAGCACCAAUAAAUGAACUGCCACAACCCACACCCGAGCCUGUGGUAAAGUCCUGCGACUCAGCUAACGUGAGUAUCGUCGUGAUGAAAUCCACCGUAAAUGUUCCUGAGUGGAGUGGGUUGCUGAAAAGCACCAACGUGUCGUACGAAGUGCAGGUUUUAUGGCUCAACCAAUACCUCAACCGAAGCGAGAAGAACAAACGGUUAAAGUCGUCGUCGAUUCGAGAUCUGAAGCUCCCGGUGCAGGAUCUCUGUAACAUUCGGCAGCUAACCGUUUGUCAGUUUGACCUACGAUCGUACCAGUGUACUUGUGCAUCUUGGACACCUCCGACAUCGAAGUUUAAUAAAUUUCACGUGCAUGGAUCGGAUCGUUCGUACGCGUUGGGUUUUCACACGAGUAACAGCCGGUGUUUGAAGAAGUAUGUUGUGUUUUCCGAGUGCGUAGAUGUAAACGUGACGGCUCCAUUCGUCAGUCUAGAAAACAUGAUACCCUGCCGCGAAGGGUUUGUUAAGGUUGAUGCGAUCGUCCUGAAUGAAGCCAACGUGAGUAGCUUGGUGCAGGUUGAAGUUUAUCCCGAGGCACAGACACAGGUGGAAAAUGUCGUCGAUGUAAGCGUACCAAAGCAGUCAAGAGCACAGUGGCCCUCUUCGGAGAAUGUAACCGUUUCUAAAAUUGACGACGUUUGGCUAAAUACAACCGUCUGCUACGAUCCUGUCACACAGCUCGAAUUAGCUUCUUGCAGCAAUGUAUCCGUGACCAAUCGUUUGACUAAAAUGACUAAAGAAGAUGUCACUAUAGCCACUAAAGUAGAUGCAGGUGUUCUACCCUUCGUACCACCUAUAUGUCCCGUGCGGCCGACCUUGAUCACGGGUGAAGCCAGCGUGAAACCACAAGCAGUUGGUCCCGUACGGGAUCUGCGCGCAAAUACGGAUCUCGAUCGAACGGUGGUGCUCACCUGGCGACCACCAAUAGAAGGCACACAGUGUAUCAAGGAGUAUGUCAUCACAUGGGCCUCAGAAAGCCGCACCAUCGAUGCAUCGAACACAACGUACUUCGUGACGAAUCUGGAACCAUGCACGACGUACGAAUUCACCGUCAACUCAAACGAUCACAUCAACGAAAAGGGAACACCCAACAACAUCUCCGCAACAGUGCGUGAACUGCAGCAGCUCUCCGAAGUGACCGAACUAGAGCUGUAUGAGGUGGAACCGCGAUCACUUUCCGUCAAGUGGAAACCACCCAUCAACGGGACGAACUGCGUGCAAUCGUACCGAGUUGCGGCGUGGUAUAACUCACCCGAAACCGCUCAGGAUGUUACGGUGUUCUCGAACACGACAAACGAUCAGCACGUUACGUUCGGUGAGGUGAUCGCUUGCAUGGUUUACACGGUGCAGGUGAUUCCGAUAUCCUUCAAAAACAAUGACGGACGAAAUGAGAUUGGCUCGCUCAAGACUAAGGAGCGUACGAUCCUUUCUUACCACGUGGAACCGGUUCGCGCGGUGUCGGUCAAGUCGCGUAGUCUGGAACUUUCGACAUUGCUGCACAGUGAGAACAACAACAACUGCUUGCUGGUGAGCGUACGCUUUAACUGCACAAUGUUGCUGGAAGGCGAGCCUGAUCCCACAUCACAGGUGGUGAAAGAAUUUGUGAUUCCUAACACUAACGUCAGCUUCGAAGGGAUUGUCGAGCCGUUGGUUCCUUUUUCGAUGUACCAGUGUAACGCGCAAAUCCAGAACAUUGCAGGGUGGUCCGAUCCGACACCAGCGUACGAGUUUCAGACGGCAGAUGAUGUGCCGGAAAGCCCCAGCGUUAAGCAGUUAACGGGCAAUAAUCGAUCGAUCGAGAUCGUUUGGGAGGCACCUGCUGUUAAAAAUGGCAUCGUAGUUCGCUAUCGAAUACACGUGCGUAUGAUCGCACCAGAAUACCCGUUACCGAAACUCUGUGCUCCGUUGGAGGAGUUCAACGAAACGGUGGAUCUUCGGGAUGAGGUUAGUCCUGAUGAAGCCCGAAGCUGGGACGGAGUAGAGUUUCAACACUCGGUUACCAAGCUUAAUCCGUACACUUUGUACACGGUCCAAGUGGCGGCCGCUACUGGUGCCGGUUUUGGUCCGUAUACAGACCCCGAAGAAGUCGUCACACAGCCUGAUGUGUCGAAUGUGACGGCGAGCUUUCGCAUCGAAGAAGUAGUGGGUCCUGAGCUGGAUCAGCCGUACCAAUCGUCGGUACGGUUUGUCUGGGAUUUGCCGUGUGGAUUGCAUGGCAAGCUGAAGCGGUUUAAUGGGUUAAUGCAUGGCAUUCGCGAACAGGACGCUUCUAUUCCGCACGUACUGGCCUGGGAGGUGAACGUGGGAGAAGAUGAGGAGAUUCAGGACACGUACAGUUACACCGAAGAUCGGCUAAAGCCCGAGUACAACUAUACGGUUUCGAUGAGUGUAGAGGUGGUAGAUGUAGAAGAGCUCAGCCAAGACGUUAAGCUACAGUUUGAGUCUCCAGCUGGUAUCCCAACGAUCGAUUACACGGAGGAAUGGUUCAACGUGAACGUGUUCGAGGCCCCAAAUCCAACCAACACGGCACGAAUAGUACUGGGGAACCUGACGCUCACGUCAGACAUAGGAAGCAUACGGUACAUGGCCCUACUGAUAUCGGAACGCCUGUGCCAGCAGGAUCCGGAGCCACGCACAGACUUCAUCAACAGCACCGGAGCGACACAGUGGCCUGACGUAUCGGAUUGGUACCGUGCGAAUAACAUGCGCUGCGUGGAGCAAUAUCAAACAACGCCCAAGUUCUGGAAUCCGAUGGCACGAUCCGAACGAGCCACUCGUCCCGUAGAGUACGUCAUUGGGAAGGAAACGUGCGACAAAGGCCAGGAGUACUGCAACGGACCUUUGAAACCGGGUACGGAGUAUGCGUUGAUCGUGAGGAUAUUCUCACGCAGUGGCUUCACCGACUCCGCCAUGCAGGUGUUCAAAACGGACUCACUCAUUAAAGUGGGAUUGAUCGUGAGCGCUAUCGCGGGCUGCUUGUUGCUGGCGUUCAUCGGUGGUCUGGUGGUGUUUUGGCGCAAGCAACGGUUGCUUCAACCGGCACAACAGACGAAUCGAGCACCUGUCGAGGAACCGGUGGAUAUUACGCUUAAAAGCUUCCCCAAUCAGUACGACGAGCUGUUCCAAUCGAACCGGGAGAAGGUUUCGAAAGAGUUCCAAGCGAUCAACUACUUCUCGGACGUGGCCCUGCAGGAGACGAUCAGCUUCCAGAGUGCGAAGGAGAACGAAAGGAAAAACCGGUACGUGAACAUUCUGCCGUUCGAUACGAAUCGCGUGUUGCUGGACAGCAAUGACGAUGAUGAUGGCAGCGUGAAUGAUUACAUCAACGCGUCGUUCGUUGAGGGCUACAAAUAUCAGAGGGAGUACAUCGCCACGCAGGGACCGAAGCAUGAGACCUGUUUCGACUUCUGGCGGAUGGUGUUGCAGUACGAGAUCGAAUCGAUUGUGAUGCUCACGCAGCCGAUCGAUCACGACAAAAACAAGUGCUACCAGUAUUUCCCGCGGUUCGACAAGGUCGCCGAAUUUGGGGACAUUCGGGUGAAGUGCACCCAGGAGCUGAACUUGUCUCUCUACUUUAAGCGUCUGUUUUUGGUUUCGAAGGGAAAUCUGACAAAGCCCGUGUUUCACUAUCACUUCCUCGACUGGCCCGAUCACAGCUGUCCCUCUAGUCCAGCUGAUCUGAUCAAGUUCUCAAAGAUCGUACGGGCUGAGCGGAAGAGUUACGCCAUACCGUUGGUGGUGCAUUGCAGUGCGGGUGUGGGCCGGACGGGCACCUUCAUCGCGUUGGACAUCAUCCUGCAGCGGAUGCAGCAUGAGAAGAAGAUCAACGUGUACGAUACGGUGAAACGGUUACGUCGGCAGCGAGUCAAGAUGGUGCAGACGCUCGAUCAGUACUCCUUUCUUUACCAGUGCUGCCUGGAGUACGUGUCCAAGAGCAAUCGAAAAAAGCCAAAGACAAGCAGCAUUGAAGUCAUACGCCGCGACGACAAAGGUAAACGAUUUCCUGAUGUGAUCGUAGAGAUGGAUCAACAGGUGUCGGUGGGCAGCGGUGGCAAGCCGUUGUUCAACAUAAAGUUUCCCAGGUCCGUCAACUCGGGGCUGGGAAACGUAACCAGCUUUGCACCCAGUGACAUUGGUGACAGUGGCGAUAAAUGA